AUGACAGGGCCACCAUUCCCGCCUCCGACGGGAGAAUACUCAAACCACAAGGCCAACUGCCACUGUGGCGCAGUGAGAUUCACCUUUUCCAUCUCACCGCCUCUCGACAAUUAUCCCGUCGUUGAAUGCAACUGCUCUGUGUGCCAGCGCAAUGGGUAUCUACUUGUAUACCCAAUCAAGGAGAACGUCGAUCUUGGUGAUGGCGCCGAAGAGGCCAUGGGAUCUUAUUGCUUUGCAAAUAAAAGUGUCAAGCACAACUUCUGCAAACAAUGCGGCAGCAGUGUCUUCUUUGAAGUCCUGCGCCCACCACCAGACGCGGCGGCCGAGGCAGAGCGGAGAGGGGGGAAGCUACCUACCAUCAUGGGAGUCAAUCUGAGGAUGAUAACCGGGCUAGAUGUGGAGAAAUUAAUUAUUAAGAAAAUCGAUGGGGCACGACGCGGGGAGAAAUAUGCAGUGAUCUGA